CUCUUCAAUCUCAACCAACUCCACAAUGAAGUCCACCAUCUUCUCCACCGUCGCUCUUGCAGCCUUCGCCUCUGCCGCUCCCACCAAGCGCGCUGAUGGCCCUUCUGAUGCCGACAUCCUCAACUACGCCUUGACCCUCGAGCAUCUCGAGGACAACUUCUACCGUCAGGGUCUCGCCAACUUCACUGUCAGCGACUUCAAGGCCGCCGGCUUUGACGAGGAGACUUAUGCACGCAUCACCACUGUCUCCAAGGAUGAGGAGACGCACGUCAGCUUCCUUACUGGUGCUCUUACCGCAGCAGGCGCAAAGCCCGUCGACGCAUGCACCUACGCCUUUGGUGUCACAGACGUCAAGUCUUUCCUAGCCACCGCCUCCGUCCUUGAGGGUGUGGGUGUGUCUGCUUACCUCGGUGCCGCUGCCGACAUCAUGUCCAAGACCUACCUGACCGCCGCUGGCUCCAUCUUGACGGUCGAGGCCCGUCACUCCGCCUACGUGCGCAACGUUAUUGGCGAGGCUCCCUUCCCUUCGCCGUUCGAUAGCCCAUUGGGUUACAACUCCGUGUACACACUCGCCGCACAGUUCAUCACUGGCUGCCCUUCAACCAACGCACCCCUGCCGGUCAAGGCCUUCCCCCUUCUGUCUGCUUCCAGCACUGCCUCGCCCAUCACGACCAACUCCACAGUCACGCUCGGCACCUCAGGCUACAAGAUCGAGGGUGAUGUCUACGCCGCAUUCAUCACUGUCACCGGACCCAUCUUUGUCGAUGCUAAGGCGGUCGAUGGUGGCUACGAGGUCAUGAUCCCCAAGGGUGUUGCCGGUCAAAGCUACGCCGUUCUUACUUCGUGCAACACUUCUGCCACUGACGACACCAUCGUUGCUGGUCCUGCCAUCAUCGAGAUCUCGUAG